AUGUCGAACGAACCUUUGGUCAAGCAUAUCUUUACCGCAGACCCCUCCGCUCAUGUCUUCGAAGGAAAGCUCUUUGUCUACCCCUCCCAUGAUCGGAAGACAGACAUUGAGGACAACGAUAAUGGCGAUCAAUAUGACAUGAACGAUUACCAUGUGCUCUCCAUGGAGGAGGUGGGCGGCCCAGUCACAGACCAUGGCGUGGCUUUGAAGGCAGAAGACAUUCCUUGGGUAUCGAAACAGCUUUGGGCACCAGAUGCUGCCUUCAAGAAUGGAAAAUACUACCUAUAUUUCCCUGCUCGCGAUAAGGAGGGGGUCUUCCGCAUUGGUGUUGCAGUAGGCGAUGCUCCUCAGGGACCAUUCAAGCCCGAAGCAGAGCCAAUUGCAGGAAGUUUCAGUAUUGAUCCCGCCACCUUCGUUGACGAUGAUGGACAAGCGUACCUAUACUUCGGUGGAAUCUGGGGAGGGCAGCUACAAUGCUGGAGAGGUGACAAGUUCGACAAGGCAGCAUAUACAACGAUGGAAGCUCAAGGCGACGAGCCUGCAUUCCUGCCUCGUGUUGCGAAGUUGACCGAAGAUAUGUUGUCCCUUGCAGAGCCGGUCCGCGGGCUGGAGAUUCUUGGUGAAGAUGGCAAACUCCUGCCAGCUCAUGACCAUGACCGCCGCUUCUUCGAAGCCGCCUGGAUGCACAAAUACAACGGCAAAUACUAUUUCUCUUACUCUACCGGGGAUACACACUUUUUGGCCUAUGGCAUUGGAGAUAACCCGUAUGGACCUUUUACUUACGGAGGAAGAAUCUUGGAUCCGGUAGAAGGUUGGACGACACAUCAUUCAAUCGCCGAGUUCAAGGGGAAAUGGUAUCUGUUUUACCAUGAUACUGAGAUUUCCGGCAAGAAUCAUCUGCGGAACGCAAAGGGGCAAUUCUUUAUUCUGGACGCUGCAGUAGUUGAAGCGCGCACACAAAUAAUUAUCGUGAACUUCGAAACUUCUGCAAAGCAAAGCAAGAACAACCACCGAACUCCACCACCAACCGCCAAAAUGCUUAUCCCCAAGGCAGACCGAAAGAAGAUCCACGAGUACCUCUUCCGCGAGGGUGUACUCGUUGCGAAGAAGGACUACAACCUCCCAAAGCACAAUGACAUUGACACCAAGAACCUCUACGUUGUCAAGGCCUGCCAGUCUCUGACCUCCCGUGGAUACGUCAAGACCCAAUUCUCGUGGCAAUACUACUACUACACCCUCACCCCCGAGGGUCUAGACUACCUCCGCGAAUGGCUUCACUUGCCCGCCGAGAUUGUCCCAGCUACACACAUCAAGCAACAGCGAUCGCAUGCUCCUCCCCGUGGAAUGAUGGGUGGUGAGGAACGUGAGCGCAAGCCAUUCGGUGGACGUGGUGGACGUGGAGGUGGUGAGCGUGGUGACCGUGAGGGAGGUUACCGAAGACGUGAUGCUGGAGAGGGCAAGGAGGGUGCACCAUCUGGAGAGUUCGCUCCUCAAUUCCGUGGUGGAUUCGGACGUGGCCGUGGUGGUGCUGCUCCCCCUUCUUAG